ACAGAACCUGGAGCGGCCAAGAGCGACCGCUGGAUGAGUAGGACAGUGUGUCGCCGUCCUGCACGUUGGGCCCCGUUCUUCUCCACGUGACCUAGCUACUGACCCACUUUGGUUUCUCCUGAUUCCCUCUCUUUCUCCCCGACGGGGUUCAGUUCUCCUCAGUCCCCUUCACCCCGUUCCACCUGUCCUCUCGACGGCCCCUGUCCACCACGGAGCGGUUAUCCCUUCUUUCUCUUCAAACGGGCUUCCGUCAAACGCGGCAUUGCCUCCACCAUAAACGACCUCCACCAUCGGACCGGCCACCACCACCACCGAUCCUCGUCGAAGGCGCCGCUUAUGACUUAGCCAUGCGACUCCAGCAGCACAUGCCGUGGCACGACCACUAGACAGAUACCAUCCCGUUGGCUAGCCGGAUGGACGAUUGUGCGGUACAAAUCGAUACGAGCGCGUAAGAAUCACAGAGAAGAGCUUCAGAUUAAGCGAUCGGUUUCGCCGACGAGCCGCGCGACAAUCAAGUCCUGAUACCGUCGAUAUGACUGACGGUCGACGAUAGUGCAACGAACGCGCACGCGAUAAGGGAAGCUCGAUAAUCGCGAGAUCGGUAUCGGUUUGUAAUUCGAUAAUUUGCGGGCAUAGCGCAUGAUUGUACGCAUGCCGACGACGAGUCGACCGGCGACGAGAAGACAAGUUCAGUGAAGAAGUGCGGACGAGGAUCAGUGAUCUCGAGAAGGAAAGGCCCCGUGGAAGGAACAAUCUAACUGAGAACGACACGGGUACGACAAGGGCAAGGUCAGGUUUCCUCUCGCGGAAGGAAGCAGACCGGAAGAGCGGACCUGUCGUCUGCCGGAAUUAAAACGACGUUAUGAGACGCACUUAACGGGCCCUCUCGACUUUGCACCUAAAGGUUAAUGCGCUGCACGAUGGCUGCUGGGAAAAGUGUCUGUCUGUUGUUCACCUUCCUCACUUUGACAUGUGUCUUUUCUCACCCUUGGACGUCGCAAAAUGAAGGCAGGAAGCUAUUUGGCGGCUAUACGAUAGUGCCAAAGGCGUGCCGGCCGUCAUUGCCGUCAAGUGUCAAAUCGAACGGUCCGACGAUAUGCAUGUUUAAUUACGAAUGCACGCGGCGCAACGGCGAGGUCGUCGGCGCCUGCAUGGACGGCUUCCUCUUCGGUGCGUGCUGUCAAUUGCCGCCGACGAGCUCGACGAGUGAAAACCGCGAGCCACCCGGUACCGAGGAGCUUCUUCAUCUAUACCAGCUUGAUCAUGUACCCGACAUACCCAUUUUACUGAAUCCAGACGGCACGCCCGUUGGCAUGUCUACUCCGUCGAGCGACGGACCUACAAAGAUCGACGAGGGACCGAUCAGUGUCUCGAGUUAUCCGAUUGGCGACGAAACCGUGUACACGAAAAUCUCCAGUUCGAAUCAGGGCUCUUCGUCAACGCUACCGUUGUCCGGCUCGGCAAACCAUGCCGAAAAGACACAGCUAGUCGAACAAGCAGACGUCAGUCAUCUGGCUGAGAAUUUCCCGGCUCUUCUGGGUCAGCAAGACAUCAUUAAUGAUUUGAGACUGCCGGGACUGUUGACGCAUUCGGAUUCCAAUAACGAUAUCCAGGAUCAUCAGGAUCCGUUGGCGAUUAAUCCGAUCACUACAUUGCUGAAUCCGAAUCAGAUUUUGCAAAUAGCGGAUCCAGUCGAUCAGCUUCCGGCGCUGUUCUCUCAGGGACUGAGUAAGAACAAUCACAGCCAUCCAGAGACGAUAUUGUUGAAUGAGAAUGGCACGAUGCUCGAGGAGACGAACAAUCCGGAUGAGAUCUUCCGACCGUCCACCGAAACGUCGAUAGAUGAAAGAAUCACGCAGAGUGAAAGUACGUCAGAUAUUUGGAUCAAGUUUCCAGAGCAGUCUGCUUCUUCCACAGUGAAGUUGACGUCUACGUCGCAGGCUCCGAAAUCGACGGUAUCCGUGAUGCCGAAGACACCUAUGGUGACUCAGAUGUAUACCAACGCGCAGAAAUUUACGAACGAUAUGCUUAGUACGCAAUAUACCAUGAAAAGCACAUUCGAGAAAGUGAAUACGAUCGAGAAAAAAAUAUCUACGAAAGAAGCGACGAGUCCGAUGAAGCUCGAAGCUACUACGCCGAUGACAGUUUCCAGCAUGAAAGAAGAGCUGGUGAAGGUACAGACGAUUAUAUACGAUCUACCGUCAGGCAACAAGAAGAAGGACGAUGUUCUCGACAAGGAGGAACUCGCCAUCAAUCACAUAAUCUCCAUUCUGAAUGAUACUACGCCAAAAUCAGAAGUAUCGGUGUCCGUCCCGGCUGCAAAUACCUCGCCGGUUCAGGCCUGGGUGAGCAUCGACGAAACAUCGAAGCCCUCUCACGUGAAGGUCAGUUCUUCGAACUAUCGACCUACCACACCAGCGCCCACAACAUUCCCAUACGCUUACUACAAACCCAGCUCUCUUCAACCCCCCAAACUUUCUUCGUCGUACUACAACUACGAGCUCAUUCCUACCGAAACGACUUAUACGUCACAACAUUCGACUUCCGGUAGCAGUUUCGCCGAUGGGCCGACUAACCCUCCGGCACCGACAGUGAUAGUUCUCGGCCCACUCGGUACGGAGUUUGCCACGAAAACCACUCAGAAGCCUGUUACGUGGAAGCCCUCGAGCACAACAAUUAAACCGAUUUCAACUCCGAUUAAAACUACGCCGCUCAGACCUACGUUAGUCAAUACCAAGAAGCCGACUGUAUCCACGACCAUAACUCAUAACAUUAACACCGUCAUCUCCAACGCCGCCGCAAACAAUGUAGUAUCCACCAGCUAUAUCAGCGUCAAUCUAAAGGACGGCACCAGCGCAACGCCGAUAGUCGACGUCAGCACCGAGGCAGUCGAUACGAAAAUCGGGAGUACGAAGCAACGGCCGAGCACGAAGAAGCCCGUGAUCUGGACCACCGUGUCCUCGUGGUCGAACAAGCCGGCGUUCAAUCCGAAACCGUCGACGCCCAGCUUUGGCUGGUCGGUCGAGAAUCUGACGCCAGUCAGUACCCUGUUAUUCAAAGGUACCACGAACAACGAUAUCGAAUACGUGAAGGGUACCACGACGAUUGUACCGUGCGACGAUGAGACCGCGGCGCCGGAUGAUCUCAUUAAUUUCCCGCCGGUGCGGAAUCCGAAUCUCAACAUCUCCGCGCCGAUCUCGCAGCAGGAGAAACCGACGAUCGUUGGGAUAUAUAACAAGACCGGUUAUCCGGAUAUCGAGUUAAUUAGCGAAAACGAUAUCCCGACGCCUACGUUCCUCGAAGACGCCGUGCUAACGGACAAAGUGGACGCCUUCGUCAACAAGCUUGUCGAGUCGCUUCAGGGUAACUUCCAGAGUCUGAAAGACGUGGUCUACAAUGGAAAUGGUACAACGGCAGCCACGGUAACACCUUCUAACGCAACAAAAAAACCUAUUAAUGGAAGCAUUACGACAAAGAGACCGACGCGAAAACCUACGACUAGACCGUCGUCCUUAUCGACCACAGCGGUGCCAACGAAGAGGCCAGCAGCGACCACGAAGAGGCCAACUCGUACCACCCAGAAACCAUCGUCCGAGAGACCAACGCGUCCCACCAAAACGACUACUCCAAGACCUAAACCAGCUACUUCGCAGAAUGUUACAACCAAGAGACCUCAAGUAACGACGAAGCGCCCGAAACCGACUAGAAAAGCCACGACUACGCCGCCCAGCAGCACGGAGACGACUUUGCCCGAAGAACAGAGUUCGACCGUGUCGAGUACGACUGAGUUAAGCAACAACGUGGAAACAAAUCAGCCAGAAUUUCGGGCUCGAUGUGGCUUGAGGCCUCUGGUCUCAAGAGCGGGAAAGAUAGUCGGCGGAAAGGGCGCGCAAUUUGGGGAAUGGCCGUGGCAGGUCCUGGUUCGCGAGGCGACCUGGCUCGGUCUAUUCACGAAAAACAAAUGCGGAGGUGUGCUUAUCACUGACAAAUAUGUGAUGACAGCAGCUCAUUGUCAACCAGGCUUCCUGGCUUCCUUGGUCGCGGUUUUUGGCGAGUUUGACAUUUCGGGCGAGUUGGAAUCGAAGCGCAGCGUAACGAAGAACGUUCGUCGCGUCAUCGUGAAUCGCGGUUACGAUCCGGCGACAUUCGAAAAUGACUUGGCACUUCUCGAGCUGGAGUCACCGGUGCAAUUCGACGAUCACAUCGUGCCGAUUUGCAUGCCCGAGGACGGCAUCGACUUCACCGGACGGAUGGCGACGGUCACAGGCUGGGGGCGGCUUAAAUACAAUGGUGGAGUCCCGUCGGUGCUACAAGAAGUCCAAGUGCCCAUAAUGGAGAACGCGGUUUGUCAGGAGAUGUUCCAAACGGGUGGACACUCGAAAUUGAUUUUGGAGAGUUUUCUCUGCGCCGGAUACGCGAACGGUCAGAAGGAUUCCUGCGAGGGUGACAGCGGCGGCCCGCUGGUGAUGGAACGACAGGACGGCAGAUGGUUUCUGGUUGGGACCGUUUCUCACGGUAUAAAAUGCGCGUCUCCAUAUCUACCGGGUGUGUACAUGAGGACGACCUACUUCAAGCCCUGGCUGCACAGCAUUACCGGAGUCUGAGGAAACUCCGCGAUUAUCAUCACGUCUUCGCGUGAUUACGUGUGUAAGCGGCACCCGAUGCCAUUCUGUAUAAAUGUACAAAGGAAGCCUAAUUUAUUUCCCUUCGGGAUAGAGCAUACGAAGCUCAAUUAAGUAAUAUACCCGCGGAAGUAACCGGACUUGAAAUAUCGGAGUGCUAUCUCGAUAUCUACAUAAUGAUAAGACGCUCUCUCCUACGCGUUUAUUUUCUAUUUUCCUUUAGAGCGCAAUAAAAUAAUAUUUAUAUGAGCAUCGUCUUACGUCAAGUAAGAUUCAUUGUGGAAGCGGUAAGAGAAAAAGACAGACAGAGGGUAAGGCAAGCAAACCACAACUCUCGAGUUAUUUAAAUUUCGAAAUAGCAUUCUGUGCAAAACUGUCCGCAGCGAGACACUGCUUCUCGGCGCAUGACCAGCGUUCGACGUUGCAUUUAUGCGUAUCAAUGUUUAAACUCGUCCUUAUGUGUCUGUACACAGAGUAUUCGCAGAGUCGGCUCUGAAGCAGAUUCAAAAUAUCCUUCGACAAUCCUGAACCGUUAUUUCCCCCGGAACGACAACAUUGUAUAUUUAUUUGAUAUUCCUUCUACGAUCGAAGAAACGAGUGCAAAUAAUUCAUGAUUCGCGUCAAUCCUCUAUAUAGCAUAUCUCCUUUUCUUAAUUAAUUCAGAGGCGACUUUUUCUCAAUAGAAGUAUUUAGGCCAAAAUUAAAUUUAUUUUUCAUUUAGAUUAAAGUAGAUUUAAAUUAGAUUUAAAUUUAACUUGUUAAAAGAAUCCUUCAUAUUUUUGAUAAUAACUCCCAAUUUAGAUAAUAUUAAUUUAAUCUUGAAUGCAUAGCAAUUUUAUUAAGUAAAAAUCGAUGUCAUAAUAAACCGAAUUGGCACCGAUAAAAAAUCUCAUCACCACACGUACAAAUUUUAUUCCAUGAAUAUUCGCGUUCUGCCGGCUCUGCAAUGCAUAAGUACAUAAAGACGAGCUUCAUGCCUUAUUUAUUUCCUUGUUAGAUGUUAUUUAUUAAAUACAUUUUUAUACGAUAACAUAUAUGUGGCUGUUUUAUUCAACACCAACGCUCCGUAAUAAAAGUAUAAAAGAUAUGAUCGAGGAUAUUUUGAUAUCACGGUGCCAUACAUAUCGAGGGAGGUGAUCCUUUCGUUAAAAAUAGCGGCAAAUAUUUUCCAAAGCGAUGGAACUUUUAAUAUUCUCAUCAUUAUUAUAUAUGAACAAUGUCAUCGCGGUGAUAAUGUCACUUCUAGUAAUAACGUCAUUUCCGGUGUUUCCCAUAACUUUUCUUAUCGCUUGUAAUUUGAGAAAGGUUAUAACAUCUUUUUAAUCAAUUAAAAUCUUUAAAUUGUAGUACGUACGUGUUAUAUAUUCGUUUUAUAGAAAAAUCGAAAAUUCAGAAUUAAAAUAUCGUCAUCGAUUUUGCAUUAUUUUACGCAUUAUGUUAAUCCUAUGCUUAUAUAAUAAAUUGGCAGUUUAUAGUAUAACGUGAUAGCAUGAUAGAAAUAUAUCAUAAUGGCUUGUUAAAAUCCUUGAAUGUAAA